GGAUGCCGUCAGAGUCACACUCGAUGCGCCUACACCAUCCAUCCAUCCACACAUCCGCCAUAUGCAUGCGAGCCUUGAUGAGCUGCUACCUUUCCUGCUAAUCUUUGACCUUUCUGGCGGCGCACAUUCAGCCACAAUCACCGGCGGCACGAGAGGAGAAGGCGACGCUCAGAGAUACACAGCACCACGCUGCACAACUUGACUUGAUAGAGCGAGCGCGCGCGCUCUUGCCCCCCUUUCUCAUACCUCGUUCGGCGGUACUCGAUUCAUCUACGAGAUGUUCAGGUCAGCUCAAUCUUCUCGAGCUGAUGGGGCGAGCCAGAUCAAUGGCACACCAAGAAAAGCAGGAAUGGGUCUCUCUGCCGCUUCGGCUUCGGGCUCGGGAUCAGGGAUGGGCGUGACUCAACAUGCUACCAAAGGUCCUAGACUUUAUCCUCAUCGCCUCAACUUCUAUAUUCGGCCUCCAACGCACGAAAUCACCAUUGAACAAUUCGAGACUUGGGCCAUCGACAGAUUAAAAGUGCUUGCAGAGAUCGAAUCCUCUUCCACCCGAAACAAGUCGUGGGCAGAGACGAAGGAGACUAUCUCGGCAAUGUGCAAAAAGUAUCUGCCUUUGAGCGCCACGACGGCUGGGAUGAGCGGUGGGAUCGACCUGACCAAAGAGCGCAUGAAGGACCACGUCUCUCACUUCGUUCUCAGAUUGGCUUUUUGCAGGUCGGAGGAGCUCAGGAGACGCUUUUUGAAAGCGGAACAGACUUUGUUCAGGAUCCGGUUUGAAUCGGACGAUGCGGCCGAGAGGGACGCGUUCUUGAAGACUUUGAACUUUGAUUGGGUCUCGGUGACGGAAGAGGAAAAGAUGGCCAACAAGGCUUCCCUGCUCGCCACCAGUCCAUGGCUCACGCUCAACUAUGACAGAGAAAGCUUUUUCAAGGUUCACUGGACACGAGUCAUCGACUUGGUGGAGAAGCGACGCGUGUUCCUUUCGGGAGGUACGGCUUGGGUGCCUGCUAAGGAGCAGGGCACGCUGGUCGUUGCAGAGUUUUCCACUCGGCUAGCCAAGGAUCUCGAGCUCACCGCUCGAGCUCUACCGCGUUUAGACGAAGACGACAGACUUCUUCCCGUCCUCUCUCACCUCUCCCUCGGCUUUAUUGCGGGCGUAACGUCCGACUAUUCGGACUCUGUCAUCAAGCUCGAAGAUGGUGGUCACAUCACCGCUGCGCACAUUGAUGCGCUUGUGAGGAAACAUGCUCCGAUGUGCAUGCGAUCUCUGCACGAGAAUCUGAGGAGGGACAAGCACCUCAAACACUAUGGUCGAUUGCAGUACAAUCUCUUCCUCAAGGACCUUGGAUUACCCAUCGAAGAAGCGCUCGUCUUUUGGCGUAGGGCUUUCAGCAACAAGACGGAUGACCAGUUCAACAAGGAGUACAAGUACAAUGUUCGACACGGUUACGGACUGGAAGGCAAGAGGGUCAAUUACCCGGCAAAGAGCUGCGUACGCAUCAUUACCCAAGAUCAACCUGGUCCACAAGAUAAUCACGGUUGUCCCUUCCGGCACUACUCGCAAGGUCAUCUUUCGGCCGCACUGACGGCCCACUACGGUCUGACGCCCAACGAACAAUCCGAGAUCCUUGCGGCAGUGAAAGCUCAGCAUUAUCACGUCGGCUGCACGCGUCUUUUCGAGAUCACGCACGCCAAAAUGGGCGUCAGAAAGGGAGACGGUUUGGGCAAUGGAGAGAGCGCGAAUCAUCCGAACAGAUACUUUGAGAGGAGCUUCGAGCUGGCAAAGGAUGGCGGGCAGCAGCGGGAUGUGGAGAUGGAUGCGGAUGACAGUGUGGCUAGGGAAGACGCGAGGAGAGCAAAGUUGCAAAAAGGCGUACUGGACGCUUCGCAGAUGAAAGACGAGGUGAGUUGCAAGCGUGCUGGAUCAAGUGUCGAGCGUCCCCUUUUGGUUAUGGUGAAUAGGGCAGCAAGAGUGCGGGGGAUAGGAUCGUGCUGAUUUUCCCCACAUCCUUUGUCGAUUUGUGCCGCUGUUGUUCGCUCGCAGUUUCAAGACGAUACGAUGGACGAAGUGAGUAGAGUCGAAAGAAGUGGAG